AGUAAAUGUGGGAAUGCCAAACAGGCCUACUAGCUAGGCUAAGGAAACAGCCGCACAAACCCUCGUUACCCAGCAUCUUCAUCACCAACGCCAGAUCCAUCGUGCACAAAAUAGACAAACUAGAUCUACAAAUAGCAGCAAAUGCUUAUAUUCGUGAUCUCUGACGCUGCAGUACAGCUGACAGGCCGCACUACCCAUCACCAAGACAGGAACAGUGAAAUCUGACAGUUUCACUGUGUUGCAACAGCUGUGGAUGUUUCCUGUGUUCCUGAACUUUGUCUGCAGUGCCGUACUAGACUUGGAGAUCUUUGACCUCCUAACAGAAUGGAGUCUGUGCUGAGAUAUUUGGACUGGGUAUCAGUGGGCUUGGCCCUGCUGGUUGGUAUGUUCUCUCUGCUUCUGCUGGAGAUUUUUAGGUUGAAGUCCAUCAGGAGCCGCAGCCCCCCCGGACCCAGACCGCUUCCCUUUGUGGGUAACCUGCCACAGAUAUUAAAGGAUCGAAUGGCCUUCGUCAAAUUGAUGCCGAAAUAUGGUGAGAUGUGUUCCGUACACCUGGCCAAAAAGCAAAUUAUCUUGCUGAAUAGCAUGCCGAUUUUGAAGGAAGCUUUCGUUCAGAAUGGUGCCAUUUUUUCUGGGAGACCAUCAGUGCCUGUAGUACGCUGGAUCAACAAACACGACUAUGGUAUCGUGAUGGCCAAGUAUGGUCACUCUUGGAAGCAGCAGCGCCGCUUUGCUCUGCACACGCUGCGUGACUUUGGUCUGGGGAAGAAAACUGUGGAGGAACGUGUGGCCGAGGAGGCGCAUUACCUCGUCAAGGAGAUGCUCAAACAAGAAGGAAAGGCUUUCUAUCCCAAACACCCUCUUAUGAAUGCAGUUUCCAACAUCAUCUGCUCCAUCAUCUUUGGAGACCGCUUCGAUUAUGACAACAAGAGCUUUGCUACGCUGCUAGAUAUUCUGAAUAGAAACAUUCAGCUCGCUGGGUCAUACGUGGGACAGAUCUUCAACUUGGUCCCAUUUAUACAGUACUUUCCAGGGCCGCACCAGAAGAUGUGGCAGAAUGCCAAAGCCUUAAGAAGAUUUAUCCUUGAAAUUGUGGAGGAGCACAAGAAGACUCUGGACCCAGACAACCCCCGGGACUUCACUGACGCCUACCUGAUCGAGAUGACCAAGCAAGAGUCAAAAGAAGACUCUACAUUCCAUGUGGAGAACAUGAUGAGGACGACCACUGACCUGUUCUCUGCUGGGACGGACACUACAGCAAAUACUCUCAGAUGGGGCAUCGUUUACAUGAUGAACCAUCCCGACGUGCAAGAGCGCUGUCAUGAAGAGAUCAUUCGGGUUCUGGGUUUUGACCGCUCUCCCUGCAUGGAUGACCGCGCACGGCUCCCGUACACUUGUGCCACUGUUUAUGAAAUCCAGCGCUCCGCAAACAUUGUUCCUUUCGGUGUGAUACACCAAACCACGGAAGCAACACAGCUACAAGGAUACCACCUGCCCGCGGGAACAAAUGUCUUGCCCAACUUUACGGCUAUCAUGACUGACAAAGAGCACUGGAAGUACCCGGACACGUUCAACCCAGAGAACUUUCUGGAUGAGAAGGGGCAGUUCUGCAAAAACGAGUACUUUCUGGCCUUUUCUCUGGGUCCGAGAGUGUGUCUGGGUGAGACUCUAGCGAGAACAGAGCUCUUCAUCUUCUUCACCUCUCUGCUCCAGCGGAUAAAGUUCUCAUGGCCUCCUGGAGCUCCACCGUACAACAUGGCAGGCAUCGUGGGUGUGAUCCGCUCUCCGUUCCCCUUCGAUACAGUCUGCCGCAGCAGAGAGACCACUCACUGAAUCACAUACACAUGAUAUGGCUUUACAUGUAAACAUUCAGUAUUAGAUCUGGAGGACACCAUUUGCAGUAUCACAACUAAGAGCUCAUUAUACAGCUCUUAAUUAUACUAUACCUGGAAUUCAUGAUCCAAAUUGUACCAAAUUAAUAAGCGCAAUAAUUUGUGCUUUUAUCCAUUAUACACAAGAGUUUAAACAGUUUUACAGUUUAAAAUGUAAGCUGUUUUUAAUAAUAGUCACAUGUGCCUUAUCACUUUUAUGCAGUGUACAUGAAGCCAUUUAUUAUCAUGUGCCCUUUUAAAUCAUAAUGAUACCUGAAAUCAUCCAAAUGGCCCUGAUCAAAAAUUUACACACCCUUUUGUGCUUGGCCCAAUAAUAUACAGACAAGUUUAAGUAGUUAUUAAGGUUUAAAUAGUUAUUAAGGGAAGUUUUCACAACUGUGAUUUGUUUGAUUGUAAUUAGUGUCUGUGUAUAAACAGUCAAUGAGUUUCUCAGCUCUUGAGAGACCCCUGCAUAUUUUAUUCAGGGCUGCACUUACUUUGCUGGAUACUGAGUCACGAGGAACACACAAAAAGCCACAAACCAGCCCACUUAUGCCAAGCAAAAUCUAGACAAACCUUAAAACUUUUUGGAAGUCACUUGGAGUGAUGAGACCAAAAUUGAACUUUAUGGUCACAACAAUAAACAGUAUGCUUGGAGAGGAGCCAACAAAGCCUUUGACGAAAAGUACACCAUCUGUGCUGUGAGGCAUGGAAGUGUGUCUUUUAUGUUUUUUGGUGUGUGAGCUACACCAGCACAGGGAGUUUAGUCAAAAUUGAUGGCAAGAUGAAUGUAACGUCAUCAGAAAAUACUGGUGGACAAUUUGCAUUCAUCAGCCUGGAAGCUGCGCCUGGGAAUCACUUGGUCUUUCCAACAUGGCAAUGAUCCAAAACACACGGCCAAGUCAACUCUUCAGUUGCUGCAAUGGAAAAAGUGAAGGUUCUGGAGUGGCCAUCACAGUCUCCUGACCUUAAUAUCAUUGAACCACUUUGGGAAGGUCUCAAGUGUGCAGUUCAUGCAAGACAUGCCAAGAAUUUAUGGGACCUUGAUGCUUUUUGCCAAGAACAAUAGGCAGCUUUACCACCUGAGAAAAUAAAAUCCACACUGCAAGCUGUCAUUGAUGCUAAAGGGGGCAAUACACAGUAUUAAGUACUAAGGGUGUGCACACUUUUGAACGUGGACUAUCUCAGUAUUUUCUUUAGUGCUAUGUUUUGUUUAAUGAUGAUGCUAUUCUGUAAUGCCUUAUGAUUUAAUCUGAAUACCAUUAAAAUAAAAUAAAUGUGAUUUGCCUGA